UAUGUCCGCCAUAUCAGCCUAGGAAAAACAUUGCUGAAAAUAAUACAUAUUGUCGCCUUCUUUGUCAUCGACUCGUUUUAGUACCACAUUGGCCAUGCAAAGCAAACAUAUUUGCACCUUUGCCUGUCAAAAAGUUGUAGAAAGAUGAGGGAACUUGGUCAUGGCCAGUGUGGAUCGACAACUGUUUUUAGAGUUGAAGAAUCGAUAUCCGGAAGUCCCUGAUAAUAUUGUCACCAAAUACUGUCAACAGUUUUGCAACAAUCGUGAGAGAUGUAUUGAGAUGCUGACCAACGAGAGCCCCAGGUAUCUGUUUGGAACGCCAACCAACCAGCACUGCCGUUUGAACGAGCACCUUACUGAGCUGAAUCUCGAAGCUGAGCCGAGAGCUCGUAGUGACUCGUCAAGUAGCAACAUGAGUAACGCAAGCUCUGGUUCCACUCCCUUACGACCGCCGCUGACUAGCAGUCAAGGCGUGUCUUACAAUGUGCCUGGGUUUCGUGGCCCGAUUACUGCCAUUGAACACCCGUCUACAGCACCUGUGAUGCGGAAUGAGAUCAAUCAGUUUAUGAACCAGCUACAGAGUCAUGAACAUCAUGCAUCCAGUGGUGAUAUUCCGAAUAUCAACUGUAACAAUAGUAGUGGUUCUAGCACUAGUGGUUAUAGUGGUUACAGAACAAACUACGGCCAACACUCAACGAAUAGUUCUGCUUGUUCUUCCCCUGCCAUGUUAAGGCCUAUUGAAGUGCAACAUGUACAGACUAGUGGUGGUGAUAAUCGGGAGUCUCCCACACAAGCACAGGGCCCUAUUACUUAUCGUUUUCAAAUAAAUCCGGGCGGGGUCGGCUCACAGCCCGGAACGCCAAGUAGAGGUUGGGUUUUUCAGGGUGCAAACCCGAAUAUGCCAUAUCAAAAUGUAACAUACCCUAGUGAACAUCAUGAGACUGUCAUGAGACCUACUGUUAGAACUUUACCAAUUUCUCAACAGCAAUUUUCCAAUAGUACUUUUAAUACACUAGUACGGUCCCAGUAUAACUCCCCUGGGGACGAGCUGCCCAGUUAUACAUUAUAUGGUGGGCAAGAACCUGGAAAUUUUCCUGGCCAGCAUUCUUCGCAAGCUACUUUCUUUAUUAGUAACCCAACUGCAAGCCCUAACCCUGGUUCACACCACUAUCCUACUAUGCCACGAACUGUUCAACAAUCGCCUAUACAAGGCCUGUAUAAUCCAGGCUCAAUGAACGAUGUUAGGUUAUCUCCUAAUGUAAAUGUGAUGAGAAGUAACUCGACAAACUCACAGCCCAGCCCUCAAGGGAUAUCAGGGCCAGUAGUGGUAGAAAUUAAAACCCCAAGGACGGGUACUGGAGUGCAAUCACAAAUACAGUUUUUUAACAAUAUAAGCGGUACACCAGUUUCAAAUCCACAAGCAUCAGCUGCUGGGUACAUGGGUCAUGUUUCACCACAAGAGGAGAGCAACGUGACCCAUGAUCCGUCAGUUAAACAAUCUUUUUUAAGACAGUACCAGCCUGAACGCCCAACUGUGAUAAACUUCCAAAAACCUGAUGACAGUAAUGCAGGUUUUAUGAAAUUUCCACCAAUGCCUAGUGAGUGCCGUGUACCUGGCCACGCUCAUGGAUUGCAAAAGGCUUCCUCUGUUGAUAGUGAGUCAGUUUUUGUGUCAGAAAUGGAAUACAAUCGGCAACCAUUCAUGUCACCAGCGUCUAGUCACAGUAGCUUGAAUUCGGAGUCGUCGUCGGCAAUGAGGACUGAUCGCCCUCAGUCAAGUGGUAGUGUGGAAGAGCCAGGCUAUCUUCAAGCAUUGCUAUCCCAUCAGAAGUCUCGCAUGGAGAAGUUGAAGCAUGAUCUUUGUGUAGCGGAAGAUCGGCUCACCAUCAUGAGAGGCGACGUUACUAGUCUGGAACGAGAUGUGAUAGAACGAAAACGCUUGAAAUCUAACGUCUUCCCUUCAUCUGUAGAUCUUGCCAAGUUGCGGGGAGACAAUCUCCAACUGCAGGCCGAGAUUCAGCUCAUGACAAGAGAAAUAGAUCUCUUUAACAACGGUCAAACCCCCCUAGGAGUAUUAGACCCUAUAGAACAGCAGAACUUUUAUAAGAACAUGAACACUGGUCAAAGAGGUUCCAUAUAUGCGAGCGCAAGUACGUCGGCGCCAACGGUGACACAUGUUUCAACAGUAACGACCUCGAUUCCGUCAAGACCCCUUCCCUCCCGGCCCCCGCCAGAAAUCCCUCCGCAAUUACCACCAAGAGACCCGCCCAGAAACUCUGAUGUGCCUCCCCCCCUCCCUCCCCGUCUUGUUUUAGUGCCUCCUGUUCCACCCGCCCAGCCAGCAGUGAACUCUGGAGACUCAGACGCGGAUGGUGAACCAUGGAGCUGUUCCGCCUGCACGUUUCUGAACUACCCGGCACUCACCAAGUGCGAAGUGUGCGAGAUGCCACGAAUGAGCUCAUUAUCCCCAAUCACCAGCCCUCGAGGAGAAGGUAGCUUGCCGCUCGCAGCUCACGUUCAUACUGAUCUGUGUUACUGUCAUCACUAACAUACACUGUAUAGGCUUGUAAUCUCAUUGUUUUCAUCUUUCUAUAUCAUAUUGGUGAUGCAUAUACAUGUUCUUCUAGUCAAGCAGUUCUUCAGCUAGGCCAAAAUACUGUGAAUUCAUAACACUGCUCUGAAUUGAUAUACAUUGGUGAACAUAUGAUUAAGAUAACAAAAAAAUAAGAGAAAGAUAAUGAAAAUAUGUUCUCUGGUUUGGUAUUUAGCAAAAUUUUAUAAAUAAUGAGAUCUUUGAGAAAAAAAAAAAGUUUGGUCCAAACUGAAGCUCUGCAUUUGGUGAUAGUUAUGUAUGAACAGUUAAUGGGAGGAUACUGCUUUAUGGCAUAUGUUUAAUUGUUAAAUGGGUACAAAGUACGUCCGACAGAUGUAGCUAAACAAUCAUUACUGAAGAUUAUACAUUGUAAUUGUUCAAAAUCAGUAGUCAUUGUUUAGUAAAGCACCUCAUUUUAUGAUUGAUUUCUCAGAGACUGUGAUAAUUUUUUAUAAAUCCUACUCUUAGUAAGGCUUCAUUUGUUAGAGUGUUAAUAGACCAUUAGUUGAUAGAUACAUAGAUACAUAUUGUACUAGGAAAUAAUGUUUUCCCAUUAAAAUGGUCCAAACACAUCUCCAUUUUUGGAAAUGAGAUUAGAUUUUAUAAAGCUAUGUUAUACAUUAAAUAUAGAACUGAAUUGAGUUCAGAACAAUAAUUGUUUCUGAAAGUUAAAAGUUAGUGCAUGGAAAUGAAUAUCUUCAAGAAAAUGUCACACAAUUUCCCUAGAUUUUUAACUUUUGUUCAUCUGUGAAUACCAAAGUAUUUUGAUUCAUUUAUCAUGCCAUGUUACAGUGGUAAAUGUUAAUAUACCAAGUAUAUGUGAUAGAACCUUGAAUCAAGGCUCACGCUCCUGUUACCGUACUAACAUACUGCUGUCUUAUGACUAAAUAUGUGUUCUCCAAUUUCAUUGAAAUUAACUUGUUUGUUUGAGAAGUGUUUUGAUGUAUGUGAAAGCAGAAGGUUUUACUGUUUGUCUUGUUCUGCCAAAAUUAAGACUAUUGUUAGGGCAAGUAUGUUGUUCAGCAUGAAUUAGACAUGAACUAUUAGGAAAUUUGAUAUUUGUUCAAAGAUGAUAUUAUUUCUUGAAUACCCCUAUGGUAGUAAAGGAUAUUGAUAUAUUUUCCCUUUUUACAAUAUUUGUAGUUUUUGCAGUGGAUUUCAUACUUAGCUGGUAAAAAUCUUCAAAAAUGUUUUUAAAAUUUGAGAUACUGAUUUUGCUCUUUUCCGUCAUACAGUCGGACAAAUCUUGUGUCACAAAGCUUCAAAUGUAUAACACCACCACUCGUGCAACUCAUGGGAAUAUUUGUCAGCCUCUGGGAUUUUGUUUGACACGUCAUUUAGUCUAGUUAUGGCCCUUGAUAUGUGUAUGAAAAACAUUGUAUUGCAUGUAGCUUCAAAAGUAUUGCACAUACACUCAUGAAACUUCAUAGGAGUAUUGUUCAGCAUGGUGGAAUUAUGGUUCGACUUAGGCAUAUGAAACUUUAGUGGUGGGUUGCCCUUAGCAAGAACAUAACCCAAAUUGUUGUUGUUGUUUUUUGUCUGUAAAUCAAAGAAAACAGUUAACCGCUUUUAAGAAUGCUUUGAACUAGGACUAAGAAUUAGGCUUACCAGUACAUACAGUUUGUUUGGGGGUCAGUAGGUCAAAGGUUUAAAGUCACAGAUGUUAAAAGUUUGUCUGCCCAGCAACUGCAAAAUGCUAUGAUGUAUGGAAUAAUGUAAAUGAAUCCACUUCAUCAGUAGCCUGUUAAAUAUUUGAAAUCAUGUAAUUCAAAGGUCAAGGUCUUUUUUCAGUUUUCAAGCACUGUACAAGGAUAAAUAAGCAAGGCUUUGAACACAUUUAUUUUAUUUUAAAUAAAUCUUGCGCAUGUUUUCAACAAAACUGUGAUCAAUGUUUGACAAACAUCCCUCGUUUUAUUUUUGGUUACCAUGGUAUUUGUCAUAAACAAAAAUCAAGGACAUAGAUAACACUUAAAUGCAUUUUGAAGUUUUCUUAUAACCUCAAAACAGAAUAUUGUAAAUAAUUGAAACAACUUCUAAAGGCUUUCAUUGUAUCAACUCUGAAACAACUUCUAAAGGCUUUCAUUGUAUCAACUAUGCACUGAUUAUUUAAAAAAGGCCUAAUCAUCAAAUAUGCAACUUUUAACUGUUGAAGCUUAAAAUAAUACAUUCUAUUAAAAUUUGUUCUACAAUUUUUGUGAUGUAAGCUGUUACAAUGAAUGUUAACUGAAUAGAUGGAGACAUUGCAUUUUUUAACAAAAAUGAAUAAUAAUUAAUUAAGAAGCAAUUGUGUUUCUCUGCAUUUUAAUAUUAUAUUUUCUUCUUUCAUGAUUCAAAACUAAUUAUUUUUAAAAACGUAACAGUACAUGUUCCAUUUUGUAGAGCUUUUAUAUUUCACAUGUGUACUAACUUUAAAAUGUUCCUUCUUUGCUCUUUGAUAACAAUAACCAAACAGAUUUUGUAUGUUUGCUACACAGAUUUAGCAUUUGAUUCAUAUUCUAAGCAAUUGGAUGUUUAGAAUAUCUGUUCAAACAUAUAUAUAUAUAUAUUUGUGUAUGGUGAUAAUGAUGAAACAAUUUGAAUAAUUGGUUUAGUAUACACCAAAUGUUAUUUUAACAAAAAUGUAAGUGUCUUAUAGACUUUUUAUAAAAAUGUUUUACAUUGUUGAUAGAAAUGACUAUAUGUGUGUUCAAAUAUGAGAAAGAUAUAACACUAAUUUGUAUUGUUUGAUACUUUCUCAAUUUCUUGCUGGCAAAGAAUUUAGUCUGUGUUUUCUGUUGUAAUCCUCUCAUGUCUUUCGUUGCAUUUUAAAGCAUGCUCAUAUCUUUUUAUUUUACUAUUUUUAGAUAUUCCUGAUACGUAUGCCACACCAGUAGCAAACACACCAACCACAUGACCAAAUGCAGCCUUCUGAUUGGUUAAUGGAUCCCACACCAUUUCUUACCUCCAUAUGGAGAAUAUCAGAUCUCCUUUCAGAGAGCUCUCUGAUUGGCUUAUUAAUGGACACACCAUUUUCUGCCUCCAUAUGGAGAGGAACCUGUUUUUAUCUCCUAUUGGAGAGCUCAGCCUUGUGUUAAAAAUAUAUAUCUAUCAAAAGGAGGAUUUAAUCAAAAAAUAAAUGAAGACUUCCAGGCAGUAAUCAGUUUGGGUUUGAAAUGAUUUUCCUCUUUUUGCCUAGUCAGUAGUAUUUGUUGUUUCAACAUUUUAGAUUUUAUUGAUUGGGUUCCUUAAUGUUCUAAAGAUUAUUUAAAAAAAACUGGAAGCAUAUAAUCCCUUUUUAAAAAACUGAAAUUCUAAACGUACAUUAAUGGUUUUUUGACCAAAUGGUAAUAUGGCGGGAUUUUGAAGUUACAGUGUUGAUAUUAAUUGUGUAUGAUAAUGUAUUGCUUCAAAAGGGGAAAAUAAUGUCCGUCAAAAUAAAUUCUGCCUUAAAUGUUGAAAAUACAUAUGAACCAUACAAAAUACACCACAGCCUACUGUUAUCAAUUUAUUCACUAUUUCUGUUGUAUUCAUUGGCUUGCUUUCAUACAGAUAUUGUACAAGUCCUUAUUUUUCUGCUUCAUUUUUAUGAUAAACAUGUAUAGUAGAUCAUAUUUAAGAUUAUUGUUAAGAAUUUGUUUGUUCAAGAAAAAUGAACGAUCAGAUUGGCAGUAUAAUUGUUGAUUUUUUUUUCUUUUUACAAUGACUUUGAACAUCAUCCACCUGAUAUUUUUUGGACAAAAAAAAAUGUUUUAAUUUUUAUCUCGACUAUUCGAAGAAUGGGGAGGUUUUACUACUCACCCUGGCGUCAGGUUAAAGUCUUAGGCCAGGUUGGCAUUUUCACUUCUAACUCCAAUACCCUUCAUUGCUGUGUUGGGGAAGGCCAGAAUGAGGAUGGCAUCAAACUCACCUAUGGUAUAGAAUAAUUUUUGGUUAGGUUUGACAGAUGGUGACCCAACUUGGUAUACAGGAAGACUUUAUGGAGACCUUUCAUGGGAUUGUUUGGGGCACCUUUGGUCAAGAUCACUUUUAAUAAAAUAUUGAAAAGUGGUUGAUACUGAAUAACUUAAGUUAGGGUUGACAUAUUGCAAUCAAACUUGGUAAUCAAACUUGGUAUAUAGAGACCUUUCAUGGGAUUGUAAUUGGGGCCCCUAGGGUCAAGGUCACUGUUACUAAAAGUAGAAAGUAAAAACUCGCAACGAAGGCUGAAGUUCUUCUGUCAAUUAUUGAAAACCUGGUUUUGUCGCAUCGGGGCGUUUCUUGUUUACAUUUUAUGCCCCCGAAGGUGGGCAUAUUAAAAUCGCACCGUCCGUCCGUCCGUCCGUGUGUCCGGCUCAAUAACUUGUGUCCGGGCAGGUUGUCGUGUCCAGGCUGUAACUUUCCCUUGUAUGGACAGAUUUUAAAAUAACUUGCCACAUGUGUUCGACAAACCAAGACGACGUGUCGCGUGCAAGAACUGUGUCCCUACCUCUAAGGUCAAGGUCACACUUAGGUGUUUAUUCACAAUGGAGUGCUACAUAUAAGGACAUAGAGUAUAGGUUGUCGUGUCCGGGCUGUAACUUUCCCUUGUAUGGACAGAUUUUAAAAUAACUUGCCACAUGUGUUCGACAUACCAAGAUGACGUGUCGCGUGCAAGAACCGUGUCCCUACCUCUAAGGUCAAGGUCACACUUAGGUGUUUAUUCCCAAUUGAGUGCUGCAUAUAAGGACAUAGAGUAUAGGUUGUCGUGUCCAGGCUGUAACUUUCCCUUGUAUGGACAGAUUUUAAAAUAACUUGCCACAUGUGUUCGACAUACCAAGAUGACGUGUCACGUGCAAGACCCAUGUCCCUACCUCUAAGGUGAAAGAUGCACUUAGUGUUUAUUCACAAUGGAAUGGUGAAUAUAAGGACAUAAGAAUGUAGGUUGUCAAGUAUGGGUGGUAUUUUUUUAUGUUCAGAGGCAAUUUAAAAUAACUUGCCAUAUGUAUUUGACACAUAAAGGCAAGAUCAACUUUUCAUGUACUGACCUUGUUCAUAGGUCAAUGUCACAUUCGGGGGCAUUGUCACAUACUGUGACAGCUUUUGUUCUUUUUAAGAUUGCUUUUGAAAGGCACAUAUUAAUUGUUAUUGUAAUUAUUUUUAAGACAAAGCUGCAUAUAGUUGAGCACGCUGUCCUACGAUGGCUCUUGUUUUUAAAGAGUUUUUCCUAGUAUAAAUGAGUAAAUUUAAAUGAUGGUAUUGUUAUUUGUUUAUUUUAAUCUUUAUAGCUGACUUUUUAUUUCAACUAUAUUUCAAGUCAAGCUAUUGUCAUGGUCUUUUUGUCGUCAUUGUUGUUGUUAUGAUUGAAAACCGAUAAAGAUACAAACAAGAAAAUUUGUACACACUGUCACUGUGGUGAUCCAUGUAGGUAGUCCCAUAACACUGUCUGACAUAGUGAUGUCCCUUAUUGGAAUGAAAAAAACAAGCCAGCAAAGUUGUCCACUUGCGUUGCUGAUUUCCUUUUUAUGCACCCUCACUUGUCUUACUAACUUUGCCAAAAAAAUAAGUACUUUGGCCCUGGCCGCACUUUUCAAGGUCAAACCUAUUGAUAUUGCUGGUAUGCUUCAAGUACCUUCAGAUUGGAGUACUCGUCUUAUAGAAAUGGUGUUAAAAUAUGGUUUUAUUUAUUCAGUGAAUCGUUAUGUAAUGUUUGCUUGUUAAUGCUAUCUAAUAUUUAUAAAGUAUCCCGUUAUAUUCCUUUCUCUUCAUUUUAUAAAUGAAGUUCUUUUAGCACAAUAUGAUGCUUUUGCAUUUUUGUAAAUCUUCAUGAAUUGCCUGAUCAGAUUAAGCAUGUGCAAUGUUACCGAGCUGUUAACUGCUUCUGCUUGAAUAUUUCUGAAUAUAAAACUUAAUGUAUUUUUAUUGUUUCAUAUAUUUAAUUCAGAAUCCAGACUAUGACUCCACCAUUCAUUGACAACGAGCAGUACCAUAUAUCCUAUAAUUGGUUUGCAAACUGAUCUGUUAUUUUACGCCCAAAGUAAAUACUUCUUGCACUCCGUAUCUGUAUUGACAAUUAAUUUUUGGAAAAAAGUGGAAUUAUUUACUGUAGCUUCAUCUUUGUAUGUUUAUGCAACAAAAAAACUGCAGGGGAUGAAGAGAGGUCAAGUGGUAUCUAUAGAGGUCCGCCUCUCACCAAGAGGUUUUAGGAUCAAUUUUCACCAGUGGAACUCUCUCGGGCUCUUGCAAGUAAAAAAGGACAUCGGUAGUGGUUUCUACUCGGGAAAGAGACUCGACGCUAUCACGAAUCAGUAUAAACUAAGACAGGAUUAUUGUGCCUUGGUAAACCUUAUGCUUUUGAAAUCAUGUUGAGUAAAGUAUAAGUACAUGUGUGUGAUAGAUGGGCAUAUUUCAGUGCAUUUUGAUCUUAAAGCAUUUUAUUGUUGGUAUUGUAAAACAGUAAUAAUUAUCCAUGCCAAGUUUGUUAUGUAAGGAUUUUACACAAUAUGCUAGUAAUAAGCGUAUUGAACAGUAUUUUCAAGCUAUGUUUUAGACGAAUAUUUGCAAGUUUUUGGACUAUUAAUUUGUUUGUUAGCUAUAUAUUAUAAAUCUGUGUGUUUUACUUUGUUUGGUCUGACUGAUCUGUGUUUGUAUAUGCAGAAUGAAUGCCAUAUUGUAUAUAUUGUUUAUCCUGAUUGUGUACAGUGUUAUUAACAAUAAAACACAAAAAUCAGAGAAUAAAAUUCUAUUAU